GAUUUAACGGUCGGAACAUGAAUGAUUCAGACAUGCGCACUGAAAGAUAAAUACGAAACCAAAAAUGCACUGUACUACGUUUUACAAGUUUUAAGAGUGAAAAUGUCUCAAAGAAAAAGAGAAACACUGGAAGAGGAAGAUGAUGAAGAAGAACAUGAGCGGGUUAAAUAUCGGAGAACAAAACCAAGACAGUCUGAAGAAUUGUCGCCCCCAAAGUCCCCUAUGAAGCCUACAGAAAGAAACGACAAAACAGGAGGUUUAAAUGAACGGGAGAACGAGGUUGCAAUAGGUUGUUCUAUACGACCAGAUAAAACAGUCAAUCAUGGGACUGUGGGACCUUUUGUAAGAAUCAAAGAAACACAAGACCUGUGCUUUUUGACAGCGAGAAACAUAUUUGGACCUUUUCAACACACAGACACAUUUAAAGGGACACCAGUCUACCUUACAUAUAAUUAUGAAAGAAAUGCAGAUAAACUACCUUGUGGAGAAACUGUUUCAGAUGAACUGAGCGAAAAUAUGGAUGUUGUUUUAGUUAUGAUGACGAAAGAGUGCAAAACAGAGAAACCAAAAUUCAUAGAUGUAGAAACAAGACAAAUGGAAAGAUUAGGUUUUCAGUCAAACUACCUUUCGCUGUAUGGAAACACUGGUUCAAUUAUGGAUGCGAGGGGCUUAACUUUCAAAGAUGUUGAUGACAAUUACAAAUUGAUAAAAGUUGGAAGUGGAACUGGUUUAACCCAAGGAAUCUUUCAUUUUACUGACGGAGUUGUCAAAAGUGAUUCAUUUUUUCUACAGAGACAAUCACCUGACGGUACUUUUACCCAGUUCAUUACCUACAGAGAGCAGAUUCUUGUGCAUUCCGUUGAAAAUGAUGUUUUUGCAGAUGAAAAUGACGUUGGAGCAGGAGUUUACCUCGUGGACAAAAACAAUAUGUUUCAUUGUAUAGGUGUUGUACUUUGUAAAAAGGAUGACGGUUUUCUAAUAACACCAAUACAAGAAAUCCUUACGUGUCUGGAAAAGAAGAUUGGACAGACUUUAGAAUUUGUAACAUUUGAUUCUCAACUGCAGAAGGUGGACAAUGAAAUAUUUGACCCAAAGGAAAGAGAAAUCUUCGAUCGAGCGUUACGAAGGGGUACAGAAAAUGACAAAAACAUACGAAUAAACAUUAUUGGCUUUUAUGCACAAGGAAAAACGUCUCUGACGAAAAGACUUUUACAAGAGCCAUUACAAAAUCUUGAAAGUACUGACGGAAUUGAUGUCCAUAUAAGAAAGUGUAAAGUGAAGGAAAAGGGAAAUUGGGAAAUAAUUGAAACUAAACAAGAGGUUCGAGAGCUUUCUCGUCGGCUAGUUUUAGUGUCUAGAGAUACCCCAAGCGAUGACAAACUAGAUUUAACAACGCCACCUCAAAGUGAUCAAACAAAUUCCGAAUGCGAAUUCGAAAGAAACAGAGACAUGCAAACUGGUUCUGACUCCUCACCAAGAAGUGGUCAACCAGAGAAUACAAACUCAGAUGCAGAGAACGAAUGUUCCAAUGAUAAUAACCUUGGUCUAGAAUAUACAGAAUCUGAGACUUGUGCUCAAAAGAAAAAUCUUUUGAGACAUUUCAUCGAAGAAUCACAUAAAAUAGAACCUUCAGCAAAGAACGAUCUUAUUGCGACCAUCUGGGACUUUGGAGGACAAUACAUCUAUUAUACUACCCAUCAGAUAUUCCAUUCAAGGGAUGCUAUAUACUUGCUUGUAUUCAAUCUGAAUAAAGAUCUAGAUAAUGUGAUUGAAGAUUGUGACUUUCCGGGAAGACAGGAACAAAUGAAAAACAGCUUGAUGUUUUGGGUGAAUUCUAUAAACACGUAUGUUGGAACAAACGACUGUACUCAGCCAAUAGUGAUACUCGUGGGCACACAUAAAAAUUCAUUUCAAGGAAACCUUGAAGCAAAAUUCACAGAGGUGAAAGAUUUAUUUGCAGGCACUGAAGUACGAAAACACAUCUUUGACAAAACCUUCGCCGUCGAUAACUCUAGCCCGGAUGACUCUGCAAUAGAAGAGCUGCGAUAUACAAUUUAUGAUAUUGGAAAACAAAAAGCAAAAGCAGCAAAGAGACUGCCGGCAAGUUGGAUUCAUUUAGAAAUGUCUUUGUUGGAAAAAAAUCAAAGGGAUAUCCUUUCAUUUAAAGAAAUUUUACAUUUGACUACCAAAAUUGACUUUCCACAAAAUACAGAUGAGCUAAAAGUCUUUCUUAAGUACCACCAUGACAAGGGAACGCUUGUUUAUUUUGAUGAACAAGAACUCGGAGAAUACGUGAUUUUAAAUCCUCAAUUUCUCAUUGAUGCUUUCAGAUGCAUAAUUACAUCAAAGGCAAUUUGUGACGGAUGUCCAAAACUUCACGACCUUAGAAAACGAAUGACAAAUAUGGCUAUACUAGAGAAAGAACUAUUAGAUGCAGUUUGGUCAAAAAAUCAGCUUUUCUCCAAAUUUUCAAAUAUAAUUCUAAAAUUCUUAAUAAGACAUAGAAUUUUAGCGGAAAUUUUGAAAACAGAAGGACACGGAGCUGAAAUCAUUUUGAAGGGAACACAAAAUUAUAUCAUCCCAAGCUUUUUGCAAGUCAGCUGCCCUGAUAAAACUACAAAAACUUUUAUUAAUGGAAGAACAUGUUCGAGUGUCAUACUCGGACUUUCACUGAGGAAUAAUGUUAUGAUUAGUACCUUUUAUGAAAGGGUGCUAGCUGCAGUUUUAGGAAAUUUCCCUCCGAUAGAAUUCAGAGACCAGGUUUUAGUGUUUCAAAAUUUGGCUUACAUAUUGCUUAACCGUCGGCAUGCAGGUAGGAUUCAAAAUGUUGAAAAUGAGGGUCUUGAAUUGAUGGUUAUCAGACUGGUUGAAUCAGAUGAAGAUCUUAAUGCAGUAUGUGAUGACUUCCGUAGAAAAGUAGAGACGGCAAUUCAACAGGAAUUUAAAAAACUGCAAAAUAAUAUGAGACAAGAUUCAUUUAAUCAUUAUAUUAAAUGCAACGACAACUUUCAUGAAAGUCAUGGUAGUAAGAAGUCGUAUGUAUUACAUGACAUUAAAAAUGACAUUACUGUAGUUUGUCCAGAUAACGAGAAACAUGGAAUAAAUAUUCAAUCAGCAAUAGUUGAAUGGUUUCAGAAUGAAAGGACACUAAGCAUUGUAAAUGGAGAACAUGCUGAGCGACUCGCAACAGAUCAUGAUCUUUCGCAAAUAGCACAGGCACUGGGUUGCAAUUGGGAGCUUCUUGCAGUUGAGUUGGAUGUUUCUUCUGAUAAAGUGCAACGCAUUAAAAUGGAACAUCAAUAUUCCGGUGAAGCAACUAAAAUAUUUCAUGUCCUGAAAGAAUGGAAAGAUCAAGAUGGGAAGAAGAAAUUUUUGUCUCAUCUUAUUAAAGCACUUAGAAAAAAUGAAACAGUGGUAGUAAACUGGGAAAAGAUAAGGAACAUCACUGACAAAGUCUCAUAUUAAGGGGCUACAGAAUUGUCUAUUGUAUAUUUCUGGUUUCUUUUAUUCUUACCUUUAACAAAAAAGAGCAAAAGAAUCAAAUUCCGAUAUUGCUUUCUACAUUCAAUCAAGAAAGAAAUAUGUAAAUAAAAUUGAAAAAAGUAAGAAAGCAAAUUUACUACUAUUGCUAUAGAAGAUCAUUUUCAUAGUUUUAUUGUGUACUUUGUCUGAAUUAUUUGUACAUUUUAAUCUGAAUUAUGCAAAUUUUGAAAAAAGCUUUUAUCAAACUAAUGCUAUUUUUGGUCGAUUGUGUUGGAAGCUAUCAGCUUAUUGAAACACUCUCGAAUCCGUUCCUGGAACUAACCAGUACUAAGCAAUAAAUGUUAGUUUCUUGCUCAAGGAAACAACGGAUUGAUCCUUUAAUUUAUUACUAGUAUUAGGACUUGACUUUAUUUAAUUCAUGGUAACACAUAUCAAACAUUUAGAAGUAUAACUCUUUGGAAACAAGUAUUACUUUAUAAAUUGAGUUUGUUAGUGCAUAAAAAUGGAUAAAUAAAAUAAACAAUUAUGCUUUUAAACAACAUGUGUUUCCUAUAAAAGUCACUUUUAAAAGUACGGAUAAGUAAAGUAAACUUGUUUAAUUUGUUGUAUCAAAAUGUAAAUCUUUAUAAGGUUGCUUUAUGCCUGAAUUUAUUAUAAAUGAUAUAUGAAUAAAAUAUUUGAUUAUUUUAAUAAAACAUAUACAAGA